CAUUGCUACGGCUAGGAGGGGGGCGCGGCCUAGGCGGGCUGCCUGCUGCCUGCCUGUGUCCGGCUGGGCUGGGCUGGGCUGAGGGAGCGGCGGGCGGCGGCUGCCGGGAUGGCGGAGCCGGAGAGCCACGAGACGGCGUCCGAGCACGAGCGGAUCCUGCGCGAGGUGGACAGCACCGACACGGCCUGCCUCGGACCCACCCUCAGGUCUGUCUAUGACGGCGAGCAGCAUGGGCGCUUCAUGGAGAAACUCGAUGCUCGCAUCCGGAAUCACGACCGUGAAAUCGAAAAGAUGUGCAACUUCCAUUACCAGGGCUUUGUGGAUGCCAUCACGGAAUUCUUGAAAGUCAGGGCAGAAGCCCAGAAGCUCAAGAAUCAAGUCACGGACACAAACAGAAAACUGCAAAUGGAAAGCAAAAAACUGGUGGGAGCGAUGGAGGAGCUGAAACAGUGCCGGCUGCAGCAGCGCAAUAUUUCCGCCACAGUGGAUAAGCUCACGCAGUGCCUUCCUGUUCUGGAAAUGGAUCGCAAAUUAAGAGAGCAAAUGAAAUCUAAAAGACACUACCCUGCCCUGAAGACUCUGGAGCACCUGGAGCACCUGCAUUUGCCUCAAGUGAGCCAUUAUCGCUUCUGCAAGGCCAUGGUGGACAACAUCCCAAAACUGCAUGAGGAGAUCAAGGAAGUUUCCAUGUCCGACCUCAAAGAUUUCCUGGAGAGCAUCCGUAAGCACUCGGACAAAAUUGGCGAGACGGCAAUGAAGCAGGCUCAGCAGCAAAGGAACCUGGGCAAUGUUGUGUCUCAGCCCUCAAAAGCUGGCGGUCGGCGGUUCAAGAAGGAUGCUUCUGCAGGAUCAGAGCCAGAGGUCAAAAGCACAAGCCCAACGUCCGAGCAGGAUUCUGGGAUCUUGGAUGUCGAAGAAGAAGAGGAGGAGGAGGAGGAGGCAAGUGCCUGCCAAGCGGAGGUGCCCGGUGCCCAGGAUUUGGUGGACUUCUCCCCCGUCUACCGCUGUCUGCACAUCUAUUCCGUAUUGGGUGCCCGAGAUUCCUUUGAGAGCUACUACCGGAAGCAGAGGAGAAAGCAGGCCCGGCUGGUGCUGCAGCCCCCCUCCAACAUGCAUGAGACAUUGGGCGGCUACCGGAAAUACUUCAAUCAGAUUGUAGGUUUCUUCGUCAUUGAGGACCACGUCCUGCACACAAGCCAGGGUUUGGUGGACAGAGUCUACAUCGAUGAGCUCUGGGAGAUGGCGCUGUCAAAGACGAUUGCUGCUCUCCGGACACAUUCUUCCUACUGCUCUGACCCCAACCUGAUUUUGGACUUGAAGAAUCUCAUUGUGCUUUUCGCUGAUACGCUCCAGGGAUACGGCUUUCCCGUCAACCACCUCUUUGACUUGCUCCUGGAAAUCCGGGAUCAGUACAGUGAGACUCUGCUGAAGAAGUGGGCAGGAGCUUUCAGAAACAUUUUGGAUUCGGAUAACUACAGUCCCAUCCCGGUGGCCAACGAAGAGCAGUAUCAGAAAAUGGUCGGUCAGUUUCCCUUCCAUGAUCCGGAGCUGGAAAAGCAACCGUUCCCCAAGAAGUUCCCCUUUUCCGAGUUUGUGCCUAGAGUUUACAGCCAGAUCAAGGAAUUUAUCUAUGCUUGCCUGAAGUUCUCUGAAGACCUUCAUCUCAGCUCCACCGAAGUGGAUGACAUGAUUCGGAAAUCCACCAACUUGCUGCUGACUCGAACGCUGAGCAACUGCUUGCAAAACGUCAUCAAGAGGAGGAACGUCGGCCUGACAGAGCUGGUCCAGAUUAUUAUCAACACUACACACUUGGAAAAGUCCUGCAGGUUCCUGGAGGAAUUCAUAACCAACAUCACCAACGUCCUGCCAGAAACUGUCCACACAACGAAGCUAUAUGGAACGACCACCUUUAAGGACGCUCGCCAUGCUGCAGAGGAGGAGAUCUACACGAACUUGAACCAGAAGAUUGAUCAGUUCUUGCAGCUUGCAGAUUAUGACUGGAUGGCCGUCGAGGCAGGUUCAAAGGCCAGCGACUAUCUAGUGGACCUCAUUGCCUUCCUGCGGAGCACCUUCGCGGUCUUCACACACCUUCCUGGCAAGGUGGCUCAGACGGCCUGCAUGUCUGCCUGCAAGCACUUGGCCACUUCGCUGACCCAGCUGCUCUUGGAAGCCGAAGUCCGGCAGCUCUCGCUGGGGGCCUUGCAGCAGUUCAACCUGGACGUGGCGGAGUGUGAACAGUUUGCCAGAUCCGGCCCAGUGCCUGGGUUCCAAGGGGACACACUGCAGUUGGCCUUCAUCGACUUGAGACAACUCUUAGAUCUCUUUCUCCAGUGGGAUUGGUCUACAUACCUGGCCGACUACGGGCAGCCGACCUGCAAAUACCUUCGCGUGAAUCCCACAACGGCGCUGAUCUUGCUGGAAAAGAUGAAGGACACGAGCCGCAAGAACAACGUCUUUGCGCAGUUUCGGAAGAACGAACGGGACAAGCAGAAGCUGAUUGACGCGGUGGCCAAGCAGCUGCGAGGCCUCAUCAACACCCACCACUCGUGAGGUGGGGGUCGGGCAGGGCCACAUGGAUGCCUGGGGGUCCAGCGGCACACAGAGGAGAGGAGGCUUGUCCUGGCACCGGCCCACCCUCCUCAUGGAGCCCUUCCUCGUGGACAAACGUGGCUGCUGGAGGGGAAGGAGAAGCAAGGGGAGGCACCAACUGUUCCUCCUCCUCCGUCCUCUUUCCAGGAUUUGAGGCCUCUUCGUCAAGACUGGGACAUGAUCCAGGAGCCCAAAGCCCCGUCAACUCCUUCCAGAAGCCAAAUGUCAGUGGGUCCAUCGGCCUGGUGUUUGCUGACAGCGUCGGGGUUUGUUAUUAUUUUUUAAAAAGGGUUGGGGUUCCAAACGUGGUUCAGCAAAGAGACAUUUUAUUUGCCUGCAAUGUGGAAUUGGUUGUUCGGGGCGUGGCUGUAGCAGGAGGAUUGGCUAUGGGUCCUUUCCCAUGGCUGGUUGGUGGUGAUAGGGUAUGUUUGCAGCGCGAAGCCUCCAUUGCUGGGCAUCUUGGCAAGGCAGCUGGGCAUCACCUGUGCCCCCAACACCUUGCUUUGUAUUUUCCAAAAAGCAGCGCAUUGUGAUGUUGAGAGCAUCCCUUUGUGACAUCGCAACCGACAGCUGAGGGGGGCGGUUACUUCUCCAGGGGGAAACAGCUGAGCAAAUUGGCCCUUACCUUUCCGGGGAGAGCAGAGAGACGCACACCUUUGCGCGCACACACACACACACACACACACACAAACACACACACCCUUUCAACUCUGGCUGUUUGCAAAUCGAAAUCAAUUCUCUUCUCAUCGCAGGCCUACAGUCAGUUCAUUAAGAAUGGGGAACGGAGAUAUUUGAGCAGUGUAAUUUCGGUGCAGCUUCUGUUUAUCCACUAGGGCAGGAAAGGGGAUCUGCUGAGAUCAGCCCCAUAUGGCUGCCCCGGGAGAGGAAGCUUUUGUGGGUCAGACUGGCCUACAGAUUGGGGUGUGUGUGUUUUUUUUCCCUUCCACUGCCUUGCCCACCCUACCUGGGGCAAUGGCUUUUCCUGGCCCUUUCCGCUUUGCUCUCCUGACACUAUUUUUCAAUGUUUAUUUGCCUGUGAGUUCAGCAGCGUCCCUCAGGGGUGCAUUUUUAAGGGUCUGUCUGCAUUAGGGGGGCCUGACCCCCACUUUGUAAGCAGGUCUGCCUUGAAACUACAUUUUCCUUCCAUGCUGCCUGCAGCUACGGUGGGGCAGCCAUGAGGCUUGUGGGAAUGAGGUGGAAGAAUCUUCCUUUAAAAUAAAACCUUACCUUAGCAGAAUCUCACAGCCAGAAGGAGGGGCCCUUCCCAGUCCCCUGAGCCCCCUCUUUGCCUGCUCGGGAAAGGGGGUGGCUCACUUGUGCCAAGCUUGUGGCCACGGUGGGAAAUUUGGGGGCGUGAGCCACUGGGCAGCUCUGCUUACAUCAGGCUAGGAAAGGCGGGUUGCCAGCCGAGUGCCAAUGGGCAGCUUGUCCAGCCCUGGGUGGCACAGGUGGGCAUCGGCCGUUGGAAAAAAAUGGAAGGGGGGCUGCUCCCCAUUACAGGGCACCAUUUCUGUCCUAUCCAGUUACGCCUGUGCAGGAAAUGUUCCUAGUGGCUUGGGGGGGAGGGUUGCUUCCUGCCCUGAGCUCCCUUGAGCCCUCAAAGGGGUGGGGGGGCUUCUUACUGGGCCUCCUGAAGUGAAAGAUCUGGUGGUCCCAAAUUUCUGCACGAUCCUUGCAGGCUUCGGAGUCAGUCAGGACUCCAAUGGAAGACAAAAGGCCAACAGAAGCAGGCAUUUGUGCGUGUGCCACGAGACGAUGUCUGUAGACGGUGUGGAGGUGGUUGGCGACUCCCUGGCUAGAGGACCAACCACAUGAAUUCCCCUCACCAUUUUGCCUUGUCCGCCACUGUCCCUAUGAGGCGGCCCGUCCAGCGGGGGUGCUCUUCCCACUGCCAAAGGCAGAAGAGAUUGGAGGGGGGGUGGCUUUGGGUCCGUCCAAUGUUUUUGAUUUGGGUGUUCCUCCCGCGUCCCCCAGAAUCUCCCCCCUCCUCCAGCCACAUCACCUGCGGGGGAGAAUUGGAUGGCCAUUUCCGGCUCAAGUUCCUUUUGGAAGCAGCAGCCGCCGCAGGUGUUCCACGCCCUCUUACAUUUGGGGGCACGAAAGGGAAAAAGGGGGUCAUCUCGGCGAGAAGCUGGUGCAGCUGGAUUUGUCCCUCCACUGGGGACUCUUUGUUCCGUUCCAUUGUGAAAUUCUUUGGCAUGGUGUGUGUGUGUGUGUGUGUGUGUGUGUGUGUGUGUGUGUGUGUGUGUGUGAAGCCGGUCACAGGGGAUGAGAGGAGCAAGGGGGGUGACACUAGGUCACCUGGGGGGGGGCUCCUGUGCUGGGAGUAGUUACAGCACUGAAAAGGGGGGAAGCCGGACAGCAGGCAGGCCUGUACUUCGAAGGCUUUGCAGUUCCCAAGGUGGCUACUUCCAGGUGAGGCCAACCCAUUCCUUUGGCUUUCCUGAGCAAAAGCCAGAAGGGAGACCCCGCUGGGGACCCCAGCCAGCCUCGAACAUCCCGCAACCUCCGAUCAGGACCUCCUUCCAGCCUCUACGGUACUCGGUGGAAAGAGGGUUGCUGGAUCUGGCUGGGACCGACUUAUCCGCACAGCAGCCCAAACUGAACCCCUCCUGGCCCUGAUCUGGAGAAAGGGCUGGUUGGCAUGAAGGGGGGGGGGGAGCUAAAGGAGAUAUUUGUUCUGAGUGUCCGAUUUCAGGAGGGUCCAGCUCCAAGCCGCCCAUCACAUAAUGGGGAUGAGAAAUGGAAUUUUGGUGCUCUGCUCCCAGUUAGCGUUUUGUGCCAAGCAGUACAGUCCCAUCCCUUCAAAAGGGAAUUAAUCAUUGCGGCAGAGUGAGUGAGAGAGAGUGGUUGGCUUCCUUUAGAAAAGCAAAACGGGAGGACGUUUUCUGGUUUUUUUUUUUAAAGAAAGAAAUCCCCAUGAAUGAAUUGCCUCCUCCACAGUUCAUUGUUUGAUACCGAGAGACGGGGCGGGUGAGAAGUAUCAUUAUUAAUAGGAGAAUAAGUGUGUGUGUGUGUGUGUGAAGAACAGCCACCAGCCUUUGGCCACCCAGGCAAUCGGAGCAGAAACCUGCCAGAGGGGGCUUAGAGGGUGGUACCCAAGCAUUCCCUGCAGAAUUGCAGGCGGGGUCUUGGGGCAGCCCCUCCGGGUGGCAAAGCCGGCUUGGUCCAGGCUGCUCCUUCCUCCUCCCUUUAAGACUUGAGAGCGGCAGGACUGGCUAAAUGCUCUUGGGCCCCCGUAUGCAAGCGCCCUGGCCCGCCUGCAGGGGUUUGUAGCUGCUCUAGAGGGGGGGGCUUUCCUCCGCAGCCCCCUCCUUCGCAGGGACCUCUCCUGCCCACAUCCUUCCUGUCGACACUUUGCUGGAGAUCAAAGCAAAAGUUCUUUGCUGUUUUUGCACUUGGGUUAAAUCUGACCCCACUUUUCAAACUCACAAGGGAAAAAAGAAAACCCCUCUCCAUUGUAUUGUUGCUGUUCGUGUUUUUGUUUUUGUUUUUAAAUAUUCAUUUUGUAUGUAGGUAUUUUUUAAUUGUUACUAUUUUUUUCAAAGCCAGGCUCUUUGUUCCUGCAGAAACCGUUUCCAUUAAGGGCUUGCAAAUGUGAUCGUACUGGGGUGGUUGUAAGGAAGCCUGCUGGUGGAUCUCGAAGCAAAUGCUUUAGUGCCACUGGCCGUCCAGGGCAGGCGGUCAAGAGUAGGCAAAUGGUUUGGCCUCUUUUCUCCUGGGGCCUUCUGGUUUUGAUGGGGCCUCUGGAAGCAAAUAGUGCCCGUCCUUUUGGCUUGACACACAGACCAUUGCAAGAGCCAGCUCUCAUUUUUUGGGUGGACGGGCCCAUUUUUGGUGGAGCCGUCUUCUGAGCGCUGCAACCGCGACGGCAUAAUUCACCACAAACCCGGAAAUCCUUUGAAAAGAGGCUUGAACCAAGUGUUGGGUCUCAACCACAUAGCACAUCUUAGAAGCAGUCAGAAGACCACUUCGGGGCCCCUAAACUACCACAACCACACCCAACACACAAGCUUCUCUGUAGUACGUUUAUUAAUUGCUCAUUUAUCUGUGUGCUUUUUUAUUUUCUGGGUGUCUUCUGUUUUUUUAUUUUGAGGGGAGUAUUUUGUAAACUAAUGUGGUGAAAACAGCUUUUUUGCACAAGUCAUUGCACAAAAAGGGUGAAAUGUUUAGUACAUUUUAAGUUUUAACUUUAAAGGGAUUUCUAUCGGAGAGGGCUAGAACAGCUACUGAUCUUAAGAAGAGGGGAAACGGGGGCUGCAUGGGACUGCUGUCUGAAUGGCAUUAGAUAUUUUAGCAUGUUGAUUUGAACUGUACAUUUAUUAUUCUGUCGUAAUUUUUAUUAAAAACCAUGUCAUCCAA